AUGGAAACGACAGCAAACGAAAUCCUGACGGACAAAACAAUCAACUCACUGUUCCAGAGAGCCUAUAAUGUCAGAGGAUGGAUCAAUGCCCGGGCUUACGAAAUAAAACACGAAAUGGCGCUGGGUGAAAGAAAACCAUUUGAUGAGGUUGUAAUACAUUAUGGAGACCCUCAUGCAUUUGGACAGUCACCUAUCACCUCUGUAAGACAGUGUUUAGCCUGUCUCCUUUGUCCACAAUUUCUUGAUGACCCUCAAUUCUCUAAGGAUGUGAAAGAAAAGGCUCACAGAAUCCUAAAGGCAACACCAGGUUUUGCGAUAAAUUCGUACACAGAUAUUAUUGGAUUAAGACUCAUUCGCGAGGAUGUAGCCAAAUACAUUUCGAGAAGAGAUGGUUACCCAGCUGACGUUGAUGACGUCAUUUUAACUCAUGGAGGGGCGAUAGGAAUCAAGGUAGCCCUCGCAUCCCUUGGUACUGAUAUGCCGAACGGCAAACUUAAGCCAGGACUCAUGAUUCCCAUUCCAGUUUUUCCUCAUUACAAGUCAAAGAUUGUAGAAUUCAACCUCUACGAGAUCCCUUAUUAUUUGGAAGAAGAAAAUAACUGGUCUUUGGACAUCGGUGAAAUGAAGAAAGCCAUAGAUGAGGCUAGGCCGCACUGUGAACCAAGAGGACUGGUACUGAUUAAUCCCGGUAAUCCUACAGGACAGAUUUUGAGUUACGACAACAUAAAGGAAGUCAUGAAGUUUUGUGCGCGAGAGAAACUGGUUUUAUUUGCGGAUGAAGUGUACCAGGAAACAGUCUUUACAAAGGAAGUCCAAUUCCACUCGUGCAAAAAGGUUUUGAGGGACCUGGGACCUGAAUACAAUAACUUUCAAUUGAUGUCGCUCAACUCCGCCUCUAAAGGAUUUUAUGGCGAGUGUGGUUUGAGGGGAGGGUAUCUUGAGCUGGUCGGAUUUAGCAACGCGGUCAAACUGCAGUUUAGAAAUCUGAUGUCACCAAGUGUUAGUGGCUUGACUAUUGGGCAGGCUGCCAUAAAUUUAAUUUGUUGUCCGCCUCAGCCUGGAGACGAGUCUUAUGAAACUUUUAUACAGGAGAAGACGGCCAUUUUGGACUCUUACCAAAGGAAAGCGAAAAUCACCACUUCAGUGUUGAAUUCUUUAGAAGGAGUGACGUGUAAUGAAGUAACUGGUGCCUUGUAUGCUUUCCCCAGAAUUCGUCUUCCACAAAAAGCUAUCGAGGAAGCCAAGGUGAGGAAGUGA